UGACCGUCGAAACUGAAAAAGCCCCUUCACAACACCAAGCCAAUAUAUAUCAUCAUAUUCGUCGUUUUGUUCCUACAUCGUACCCAACAGAGAGAAAACGUUUUCUUGUUUUCUUGGUUUGUCUGUCUUUCUUGAGAGGGGGGAUGGCUGAGACGGUAGGGAAAGAGAGGAAGAUACUGGUGGCUGUGGACGAGAGCGAGGAGAGCAUGCACGCCUUGUCAUGGUGUCUCGAGAACGUCGUCUCUGAGAACUCCAAAGACACCCUCGUCCUCCUUCACGCAAAGCCCCUUCGUUCUGCCUACAUAGGCCUCGAUGGCACAGGGUACAUGCUUUCUUCAGACAUGGUGGCCGCCAUAGAGAGGUACAACAACGAAAUGGCCGACUGCGUUAUGGCUAAAGCUAAGAAGAUCUGCCAUGAUUUUGGUGAGGUUGCGGUGGAGACGCGAGUUGAGAACGGGGAUGCAAGAGACGUGAUCUGCCAUGUGGCACAGGAGUUGGUGCCUGAUGUUCUGGUCAUGGGAAGCCAUGGUUAUGGCCUUAUCAAGAGGGCCUUUCUGGGGAGUGUGAGCCAUCACUGUGCUCAUAAUGUCAAGUGUCCUGUGCUGGUAGUGAAGAGGCCCAAACCCAGCAAAAGUAACUAAAACUCAAUCUAUACUUGUGUUUGUGUCCUAGUCCUAUGUUUUCUUGGAGCGCUUUGACAAGUUUUGUUGUAUAUAUUCAUUCCCACAUUGGCCAAGUGCGUCUCGGGUCCUGCCAAGGAUUUGUGUACAUAUGCAUAUUCUUCACGAGUCUUAUGACUUGUAAAUGGACCGGUGUUUUUGUCAAUAGAAUUUGAACAUCAAAAUGGA